AUGUCCGAUAAUAUUAGUAUUCAACAACAAACUACUCAAAUGCAAUCUGCUGGGACGGAAGAAGUCACAUUACAAGAUGGUAUUAAUAUAUCUUAUUCUAUAUCAAAUUCAAAUAUCUUACCGAAAAUUAGAAAUUCGACUUCUUCUUGGCCUGAACCAAUUUCUCUUGAUUUGAAAGAAGGAUGUCUCAAAAAAUUUCUCCAGCGAAUGUCCAUGUCAGCACUAGCCGAAACUACUUGUGCAGUUUGCAACAUUCGAAGUCCGAUGCAAAAGUCGAAAUCAGUACCUGUCUCAAAAAUUACUAGCAAUGAAUUACUCAAAGUUUCAGACGAAACUAAAGCUCUGAUCAUGGGCUCCCAGUUAUCGAAUUUACAGUACAUAAAUGAAGGCACCGUAACUACUGUUAAUACUGAUGGUAUACAAACGACUGAUGAUGCUCAAAGUAAUAUACAUUUAUUUGUAAUUGAAUAUUUCUUCAAUAAGCUUUCCUUAUUUCAGCUUCCAAGUCACCAUCAUUUUAUUGUGAAAACAAUAUUAUUUUAUAUACUAGUGGCUUAUUUCAACAGAACAAGAAGAAUAUGUGCACACUCUGUUAAAAAUGUCAUGAUGGUUUAUCGAAAAAACACAUUCCUAAAUUUUCUGUUGCCAAUGGCAUGUGGUUUGGCGACAUUCCUGCUGAAUUACAAGGCUUAACAAUUCCAGAAGAAAAGCUAAUAUCACUUUAUCGUCACAAUAGUUGUAUAAUAAAACUUCAAUCACCUUUCCAUUCAGCUACAACUUCAUAAACAGCUUUAAAAGGCAACUGUAUUACUUUUCUGCAAAAUGUACCGGACAUUGUCAACAGUCUACCACUUAAACUUGAUGAUCUAUGUGAUACGAUAAAAGUCAUUUUUGUUGGCUCUCUUCCUCCUCAACGUAUUCAUCUUAGAAAAAUUUUAACAGUGCGAAAGAAAAAAAUUAUUCAGGCUUUGCAAUGGUUGAAGAAAUAUAAUAUUCUCUAUCAGAAUAUUGAGAUAAAUCUUCAGAAUAUUGCUCAACUACCUGAAGACGACAUACCAGAAUCUAUUAUGUUAACAAUGGAGCAAAAGAUAAGUGAUGAAGAAAUUCAAUCUGAAAGAGUUGGCUAUGUUCCAGAUCCACUAUCUAAUUUAACUGAUUACACAACCUCAGAUACUAUUCCCAUACA